AUGCGAAUAAUCUUCCCCAAGUUGAAGCUGGCUCACCAGUUGUUGGUGUUGUUGUUCGUGGGGUGGGGGGUGCUUUUCUGCUACCACGAGUGGUUCGUCCCUGGCUACGUCGCGUCCAGGUGCCACUGGCCCGUCGUCGCCGAUCCCGCCGCCAACGUCACCAAGGUGUUGUUUAUCGCUGAUCCGCAGCUUAUAGACAACCAUACCUACCCGGGGCGGCUGGACUGGCUCCUCCUGCUUCUGAAACACACCGUCGAUGUCCAUUUGAACCGCAAUUACCACGCCAUGAUGGCUCAUCUCCAGCCAGACACCGUGUUUUUCCUUGGCGACUACCUCGACAACGGCCGUGAGUGUAGCGAUGAAUACUACCAGGGCGAGGUCAAACGGUUCCGCAACAUAUUUUAUCCUAAACGGACUCAACGUCGUUACCAACAAGGACGCAAUUGGUUCCUUAACGUCCCUGGCAAUCACGACGUGGGGUUCGGCGAUGGCGUCCACCCCCACUCAGUGGCCCGCUUCACUGAAGUGUUCGGCAACCCUAACACCGUGAUCGAGGAGAAUGGCGUUGAUUUUGUUAUUAUUGAUGCACCGCUGUACUCCGCCAGCGAUGCCGCUAUUAAUCUGGACGCCCGGACGUUUGUUGAUUCGCUACCUCCUAAAACCCGCCCCCGGGUGUUGCUUACCCACGAGCCGCUCUACCGUGAUCCGAGCACUAGUUGUGGUCCGCUACGGGAAAACCCUAAAUUCUACGUUGACCAACGCGGGGUGCAGUAUCGGAACACGGUGGAACCUCAGCUCUCCCAAAAUAUACUUGCGAAAAUUGACCCUGACCUUGUGUUUCUGGGUGACGACCACGACUAUUGCGAUAUUGUCCACCCUGAGGGCCCCCGGGAAAUCACCGUUAAAUCCAUCAGCAUGGCGAUGGGGGUGAGCCAUCCUGCAGUCCAGGUGAUGCUGUUUACCACCACCAACGGGUCGUUGGACUACGAUACCCAUUUGUGCUACGUGCAGACGCCGUACACCAACGUCAUCAGCUACGCCACCAUGGCCUGCCUCACCGCAGGGGUGAUUUUCUGGUGGAACAUCAAGCUGCGGUCGCUGCGAUACAACUACCUGAUCCUCCCCACCAUCGAGUUGGGCCUGACGUCCAACUCGCGCAAAAUCUCCAACUUCAUCAACGAAGAGGAAUCGAACACGGCGGGGAUGUACAUCCCGCGCUACACCAACUCCACCUCGUCCAGCUGGCUGAAUUACAAGCGGUGGGCAGCCUACCGAUGGUUUGUCAACAAUAAACGCCGGGUGCUGAAGUUCAUGCGUAAGUGGAAUUUGUACGCAUUUCUCCGCCACGUGUCGGUGCUGGCGGUGGCGGUGAUCACCCUCUACUGCAUAGUGUUUGGCUCGAUAUAG